AUGAACUUACACGCCAAUUUCCUCCAGCUAUGGUCCAGCAAGUUUCCAUGUUCGAUGGAUUCUCUUCCUCAACUUGAGUGUUUGAAGGCGGAUCAAUUUCUCACAGUAAAUGAACAGCGUAUGGCCCUUGAAGUCGCUCAAUCAGAAGUUUCCGCCUCCAUUGACCGCUUGCAGACAACUCUAAAUCAACAGUUAUUUAUAUCCGACUAUCUGCGUACUUGUAUAACCAAGCUCAGUGCAGUUUCUCGAGUAUUUAAUGAACUUGAAAACGGAGAUGAGAACAGUGGCGGUGAAGAGCCCCCAUCUCUUAAGUCGGACGAGAGACAGACUCCGCCACAGAGUGAUUCCAACAGCACAUCUACAUCAGCUCUUAACUUAUCCGUGCCAUCGCCAACCCAAACCCCGUCUCUUCCACUCAUUCCGUCUUUCUUCAACUCCUCUUCUUCACUUCUUUCGGCGACGUCGCGAAACCUUCUUUUGCAUUCCGCCCUCAACCCCCAGUCUGGGAAGUCCGAAUCACUACCGUGA